UCUAGCUUUCAUUGACUCAUGAACUUAACUAUGUCACUUUGUAUUAUAUUAUAUGAUUAUACUCACAAAUUUAUAAGGUAUUUCUUUCAUAUAAUAUUAAGAUAUUUAUGAUUAUCAGAAGGGGUUUGUGGAGAUUUUAGAAAUUCCAUUAAUUGAAAUCAUGAGUCAAUUGAAGCUAAACCACCAUGGAAAAUCUAGAAGCACUGGGCGGCCGUGUGGGACUCCUCAGCAGUGCGCAUCCACGAUCCCGCACCCCGCGAGAUUCGAAACCAGGAUCCAUCAGUCUCGCGCCAGGCGCUUAAUCAUUAGACCGCUGAACUAGCUGUCAUCGAACGGCGUUAAUGCCUAUCUCCAACCAAUCCACGAAGUUGCGCCACCGUACACCAUUGUCUUCAGUGAGCUGAUAUCUCAUUACAGAGCUGGUUGAACUCCACUGGUUACGGCUUCUCAUUAGAACUCCAGGACUAUCUCUUGAAGUCAUUCACUAGUGAGCAGAUGAUUAUUAUCAGAAAGGGUUUUGUGGAGAUUUUCCAAGUUUUCCAUGAUGGUCUAGCUUCAAUUGACUCAUGAUAUUAAUCGGUGAUAUUUAUAAUUAUUUUUCAUAUUCAUUUUGAUUUUAUAUUACAAAGAUUAAUUCAUAGGUGAAAUUCUAUUGAAUUUCAUUGGGAAAAUUUCUAAAACUCUCCACAAAACCCAUCCUGAUAAUGAGAAUUGUUCAUUUUGUAUAAAAAUAAUUUGAUUGGUUAAUAUAUAUAAAGUUUCAUAGAUGACUUGAAUUGUUUUAUCUUUUAUGUAUCUAUGCGAAUGAUUAACAUAGAUUCACAAAUCUAUCAAUCUAUCAAUUUCUAUGCAUGUAUGUAUGUAUGUAUGUGUGUGUGUGUAUGCGUCCAUGUGUUUAUACAGACAGACGAAUAGAUAACAGACUUGAAAACAAAAAUUAUUAUUAUUAUUAUUAUUAUCAUUAUCAUUAUGAUUUAACAACUAUUUAACACUUGAUUAUUAAAUAUUUUUAUAUUCACUUAGUUACUGUGUGUGGAUAAUUCAUUUAUCUUUAAUUAUAAAUUACAUUUUAUUUUUCAAAAAACAAACAUUGUAAUUUUAUUAGGUUACUGUGAUUAUAUUGAUCGUGUUCAGUAUAAUAUUUAUAUAUAUAUAUGUGUUUGUAUCUAUGACAACAUAUUUCUCCCUACAUUGUGCAUCCAUUCAACAACAAAAAUAAAGCGGAUUUUUUUCAAAAGUGAAAAACAUUAUAGAUCAUUAAAGGAAAAAAAUAUAUUAAAAAAAAUAUUAUCAUCAUUUAUAUUUAUUUUUCAUUAAAACAAUACAUAAAUGUGAACUUCCUAUUAAAUGAUUCCUUUUAAUUAAAUGACUAUGAAACAAGGUAAAUCAGUAUUUGUACGUAGUAAAUUUCGUAUGUUGAAACGUACGCAUACAAUGCAUGUUGGAUAUACUGGACCAAUGGAUGAACCAUCUAAUUUACAAAGACAUGAAAGUUGGCAAAGUUUAGAAUUGGAUACAGUACCUUCAUCAUCAGGAACAGGGGAAGUAGAAUCAUUGUCUACUAAAACAGUCAUAACUACAACUCCAACAACAACAACAAAAAACAUAACAAAUGAAAACAAUACAGAAUUUAUAAUUAAUAAUCAAGACGGGCAAGAUAAUGAACAAAUAGAUUUGGCAAGUAGACGUGGUCGAAGAUCAGCUAUAAUUGAUAAAAAAAAUUUGAUCGGUGAAACAGAAGUUGAAAAUCAAGACACUACAACCAUUUCACAAAAUGUCAACAAGAAUUUAAAUGAAACUGGACAAGAACGUCCACCAAUUACAUCAUCAGUGAAUUCAUUUCGUGAACGACAAAAAAGAAUAUUACGUAAACAGAAUACUAUAUCCGAUUUAAGUUGUCGUAAUCAAAUCACCAAUACAAAUCAAGAUUAUGAAUUGAAAAGAAGAGCUAAUGUUUUUAUGAAACUGAUUGAACGAGGUACACGUUCCAAAGAUUUAAACGAGGCAUUACAAUCACUUAAACCAUCAUAUUUUCAUGAUCAAUAUCUAGAAUCAUUUAGAGAUUCUCAUUGGUCACAAUUAGAUAAAAGUGGAAAUUCGGAAAAUACGAUGACUGAUCGUGAAGUUCGUCGAUGUGAAGCAGUUUGGGAAUUAUUCAAAAGUGAACUAACAUUUUUCACUGAUCAUCUUAUGGUGCUUAAAAAUUGCUUUAUGGAACCAUUGAAAAAACUGCAAGUGGACGGAUAUCUUAUGUUUGUUGAACCAAUGCAUUUAUUUGGAAAUUUGGAUGAUUUAUGUUACGUUAGUCAUACAUUCUGCCGUGAACUUAUCAGUAAUUUAAGCCAAGAAUCAGUAUCUAAUGAAUUUGGUAGUACUGAUGUAUUACUUCGUCCGUUAAAAAGGUGGUCUGAACAUUCAAAAGAUGGAGAAAUUUAUCAUAAUUAUUGUUUAAAUUAUGAUUCAGCUUUAAAUUAUUUAGAUAGUUUAAGAAAACUUGAACAUUUUAAUGAAUUUGAAAAGUGGUGUGAACAAGAUACUCGUUGUCGAAGAUUACAAUUAACAGAUUUAUUGGUAGCACCAAUGCAACAUUAUAUGAAAAUACCAUUAUUAUUAAGUAGUAUUCGACGUUAUACAGCAUGUAGUGCUGAACAAGAAAUGUUAACAGCAUGUUUAACUAAAGUGGAAAACUCAUUAAAAUCACUGGAAGAUAAAAUGCGUUGGUUAAAAAACUUUGAACGACUUCAAGAAAUUCAAUCUCAACUUAUAUGGCCAUCAGUUUCAGAAUUAGAACCAAGAGUAUUUAUUCCGGAAUUUUUACGUCAAAGUUUAAUACGUCAACCAUGUGAACGAUUGAUUGCAAAUCCUAAAAGACAAUUAUUACAUGAAGGUUUUUUAACAUUAAAUGAUGGAACCAAAACUAUUGAAAUAUUUGCUUUUUUAUUUGAUGAUUUUCUCCUGGUUACACGAAUCAAAAAGCCACCGAAAAAGAAAUCAUUUUCAGAGAAUCCUUUAACUGGUCGUAGUCUAACAGAAGGUGGAGUAUUUGUUGUUUAUAGACAAGUGAUAGCGCUUGAUCGUUUUACAAUUCAUGAUUUAGGAAUUGUUGAAGCAACCGCUAAUGGAUUACGAAAUGCUAUUGUACUUGUUCUGAUAACACGAUUUCAACAGAUUACAGGUGUUUACACCCUACAAGCAGCAAAUGAAUUAGAUAAGCAAAGAUGGAUUGAAAAAUUACGUAAUAGUCAACAAGCAUUUCAAGAGAAAUUAAAACGGAAAUUAUACGGUAUUGAUAUGGAUCAACAUACAAAUAAGCAUAGUAAAUUAAUUAAUGCUAAAAAUAAAUUACCUAAUCAAACAUCUAUAGCUGAUGAUUAUAUAAAUACUAGUUUAACAUUAAGUAUCAAAGAUACAAAUGAUAAAUCAACUAAUUUCUAUGAAACAAAUAUGAUUGAUAAAAAGAAUAUAGUAGAACAAUCAUUGAAAAAAUUAACUAAAUCUAAAACAAUUCAAUUAGAACAACAAGAUCAAGAACAAGGUGAUAAUCAUUCACAAGAAGAUGAUCAUUCAAAUGAAAUCAUCAAUACCAUGGUUACAUCACAGAUAACUAAUAUUGAAGCAAAUGAUGCAACAGUAAAUAAUAAUACUGUUAUUGUUAAUACACCAGAUAGUAAUGUGAAUAUUAAGAAUUCGGAACCAUGUAAUACCUUAUCUGGUAAUAUUGAUUAUUCAUCGGAUGAAUCGAUUUCCAAUAAUAAUAAUAAUAAAAUAAGAUCAAAUGAUAUUUUAUCAUUGCAUAAUAAAAAUCCAGAUUAUAUCAUUCGUAAUAGGCAUAGUCUUGAUCCAAAUUUUGCUACAUUAAACAUAUCGAAUAAUAAAUAUUCUGAUUCUAUUGAUAUAACUAAUUCAUCCUCUGUAACAAUGAAUUCAUCAAAUACAAAUAUACAAAUGACAUCAAUAACAGAGAAACAAAUUGUAGCACCAAUAUUUUCACCACCUAGUUUAUUAUUAUUUGAUCGUGUUACACAACAUAAUGAAUUUCCUUAUGAAAUGACAAGACAAGUACAAUUUUCUCCACCAUUAUCACCAAUAUUACAUCCUCCUUGUGCAAGUUUACCAUUAGAUAUAACAGCAGAAAGUGCUUAUGAUUUAUCAGAUCGAUUAUUGUCAAACAUGAAUAUUAGUGACGAUUCUUCUAAAUUAAAUAAUUUGAUUAAUAAAAGACCUAUUAAAGGUUAUUCAGCAUCUCCUCCAGUGAAUCGUAAAAACGAUGAAUCAAAUUAACAAAUGAUCAAUUAUGUAAUCUGAUGUUGGCAUUUUUUUAAUACAGAAGUUAAACACUUUAUCAAGAAGAUAUACAAGGAAUAUCACAUUGAAUUUGGAUGAAGAAUAUUUCAAUGAAACGUAUAAAUACUUUCUUUUCUUUUCUAUUAUUGUACAUUAAGAUCCAGUUUUAAAGAAGAUCUAUUAUGAAAAUUCAUUUCAAUAAAUUAUUGAAAUCAUGAACCAAUUUAUGUACAAAACUUAAUUGAAUAUGCAUUUAUGUAUAAUUGUUUAAUAGAUCAGUGUAAUUUGAUAACUUAAUCAUUGAAUUUUUCUACCUCCAGAUCUAUAUAUAUACACAUGAUGACGAUGAUGAUGAUGACAUAAUUCCUUGUUCCUAUACAACUGGAUGAUUACAUAUGACAAUCUCUUAAGUGUUUAUUUGUGUGUGUGUGUAUCUGUGUUCAUUUAACUGUUAUAAUACUUGUUGUUAUAUCAUAUUAUUUGUCAUUUCUAAUGAUCUAUUAUGUAAUAUUCAAUUCUGUCUUAUGAUUAUGGUCAUCAUUAUAUGGAUAUGAAAUCACAAACAGAUGCAUUUAUGGUUAUAUACAUACAUUAUCAUACAUAAUGGUGGUAUAUACAUUAAAACAUACUCAUAUAACAAUAUUAGACAAGAAAGAAAGAAAUUCUUUGUUAUUAUUUUGAAAUUGUGUUUUUUUUUAAGGAUAUUUUUCUGAAAGUAAAUCUGUUUAUGAAAUGAAGUUAUGCUCAUUCUUUCUUUUCUUUUCUUUUUUUUCUUCUUUUGUUGACACUCAAUUGAAUUCAUAUAACACUGUAAGUAUCUGUUGUGUUUGGUCGUCGCUGAUUGCUAUGCCGGAAAAAAGCGCUGGUCAUUCAUAUUCGGAACGAGGGACCAUGGCAAUUCCCGCGAUGUGAAAUUAAGGACACAAGACUAGUAUAAGUGAAGAUUUAUUAGCCCCAAACACUAUGACGACAAUGAAUCGAAUAUAGUCUAAAAUACACUGGUUUAUAUAUUGAAUGUACACCCAUGCUGAUUAAUAAUUAGGAUUAGAUCACAUACUCAGUUAUAACAAAUCACUUACUGAGCAUAGUUCAUGUCAAGUGAAUGCAAGAAUAUCGUAUAUUAUAAGAAAGAAAAUAUCAUACUGGAAAAACAACUAAAUGAUCCUCAUGUUGAAUCAAAAUGGAUGUAAUAUUCAAUAAAACUCAUAAUAAUGAGUAAUUCCAUCGAAAAUUGACGUUUCUUUCCAUCAUAUCAAGCAAUAAUUAAUCUACUGGGUAUAACUCGGGUCUUAACAAUAUCAGUAGGGGUUUUGUGGAGAGUUUAGUCAUUUUAAUAGUUGAGAUCAUGAAUCAAUUGAAACUAGACCACUAUGGAAAAGUUUCAAUUGACUUAUAAUUUUAACUGUUGAAAUAACUAAAAUCUCCACAAAACUAUUUUUGAUACUAAUCAACAUAUGCUCAUUAGUGACUGACUUCAAGGUAUAUAUCCUGGAGUUCUAGUGAGAAGCAGUGACCAGUGGAGUUUAAUCGGGUGGGAGUAACAGGCGAUAUAAUGUAUAUAAUGUACGUGACUGUAGAAUCUAAGACAUGCCUCUUAUUUUAUUUGCAGCUCAUCAGUUGAAUGAAUCUGCCAUAUCCCAUACUUAAUGUUCAUACAUAAAUGAAUAUAUAUUUACAUCCAAACUGAAGAAUAUGUACAAUAAGAAAUAUCAAAUCAUUAUCCACAUCGUUAAUUCAACUAAUUAUAUGUUUUUACAUAAUCAUCUGUUAUUCUCUUUCAAUCCAUCUCUUUACAAUACAAUACCAUAUCUUCCUUAUAAAUAAACAAAAGUAGUAUAUUGAAUUUUCACAGAUUGAAAUCAUGAGUCAGUUGAAGCUAGACCACCAUUGAAAACCUGGAAGCACUGGACGGCCG